CUCCGCAACGCUCUGUCACUCUGCACGCCUUGUUCCGGCGGCAUUCGGCAGAGCCCGUGCACAAAGCAGCAAGUCCUCCGCUGUGGCGAGGUUCAUCGUAGUCCGAGACAUGGACUCUUGGACUGCCCACACCGCGCCGCCAAACAUCAAGUUCGAGGAUUCUCCCGCCGAGUCGUUGCUCUCAACCCCCGACGAGAUGUAUCCCUCUCUGUUCGGCUCGAGUUCCGAGUCGAAUCCCACCGUCAAUCCCAUCGACAUGUUGACGCCCCAAUCAAUCGCCGGUGACAAGCAGCCCGACCUGACCUUGCUUGCCGGCCUGACCGCUCUCACUCAGACCGCCCUCACUCCGACCACCCUAGCCGCGCCCCAUGCGGCCUCAACGGCCCCCGCUCCCGAGCCCGAGAAGAAGCCGGUCAAAAAGAGGAAAUCGUGGGGUCAGGUGCUCCCAGAGCCGAAGACGAACCUCCCUCCCAGGAAACGCGCCAAGACUGAGGACGAGAAGGAGCAACGCCGUGUUGAGCGGGUUCUCCGCAACCGCCGCGCCGCCCAGUCAUCGCGCGAACGGAAGCGCUUGGAGGUUGAGGCUCUGGAGCGGAGGAACAAGGAGCUGGAGGCCGCGCUCCUCCAGGCGCAGCAGAUCAACUUCACUCUCCUCGAAGAGAUCCAGAAAUUCCGCCAGGGUGCCGGCGUUGUCUCUAGGGCCGCACCGUCAUUCGACGCCCUUCGCCAGAACCCCGUCACCUUCUCGCAGCAGCUCUUUGGCUCUCAGGACGGGCAUGGCGCCCCUAUCAGUGGCGCCAGCUCGUUGGAGCAGCUCCUGCAGUCCAUCCCGUCCGCAGUCAACAACAAGACCGUCAACCCCGCGUCCCUCUCUCCCGCCCUGAGCCCCAUUCCGGAGGCUGCCGAGGAGCAGAAGCAGCCGGCGACAGUCGCAACCCCUGUUGCUGAACCCCCCGCCACGUCCGAGAAGAACGCUUCCGCCGAUACGACACAACAUCCUGCAGCGAUGUUGUGCCAAGACCUGCAGUGUCGGUCGGCGGAAGCGGCUCCCUCGACGUGGCUGGCGGCGUCGCAGCAACCGCUUCACCCGGUGGUGUCCCUGCUCCUCCCGCUCCAGCUCCUGCUGGCUUCGACCUCGGCGAUGCUUUCGGUCUGCCAGAGGCCCCUGAUGCAGAUCGCUAUGUCCUUGAAAGCGGGCUUCUCUCUUCGCCCAACUCGAGCGAUUACGAAUACGAUCAUCUGGCUGGUGACGACGCCACAUCGUUCCCCUUCCCGAACACGGCCUACGAAUUCGACUUCAACGAGUUCAUCACCGACGGCGAGCUCCACGCCGCGCCCGGCAGCGAACAGCAGCCGCAGCAGCUCCCCAGCCGCCCCGUCGCAGACUCGUCCCUCCUCCCUGAGACUCCGAACCCUUCGGAAGAUCCUUACCUGCAGCCCCACUCUGGCGCGUCCCUUGAUGGAUGCGACGAUGGAGGCCUUGCGGUUAGCGUCAUCUGAGGGAUGCUCGGUCGACCGGGUUUCUGGAGGCGACGUCUCAGCGGCAGCGGCAGCUGGCGGAGAAGCGCAGAAGCAGCUGUACCGUCGCGGGCUGGCUGGUUGGCCCACCGGAGCCGCGCUCCCGUCGAAGGAGGCCCUACUCACCCUGUUGUGGGUCCUCCGAGUUGAAGAGCGGAGACUACAGAUCCGCGAGCAGGUCCUGGCCUCGUCGAAACCCGGAACGUUGAGCGUCCCUAAGUCGACGGCACCAACAGUGAAGACAACGUCAUUCGUCUUGGCAGUAUCGCGUAAGCGAAGUCGCGAAGAAGAGAACGAUGUCUCUGAACCUAGGAGACGGCGCUGUCAAUGAACGAUCUAUAUCAUUUUUCUUUUGGGCAAGCAUAGCAUGGCGAAAAGGUACACUGCGGGGCUGGUUGGUUAGCUAGCGUUGAUUUCUC